CUCACCAUCACCGCCACCACUGGGAUAUCGGCGUCAUGGCUGGGACUAGAUUGGCGUGGGAGAAUUGACAUCCCUUCACCAUCACCAUCACCCCUUUUUUGUAUAUCAUCAGCCUGUUUCCCGUCAUGCCUUACAUAUAACGUCGCGCAUUGAUACCCUUAUUCACUGCUGUCCCUCCCCUUUCCCCCGCCGGUGACGUCCAGCAUUCCAGCCAUGCCCACGACGCCCAAAGACAGACGGGGCGGCCAUCUGCAGGGCCUGCUCGCCCAGUUUGGUUCGCAGAGCUCAGCAGAGUCGGCCACCAAAAUGCGCAGGAUGUCGUCACAGCACGAACCCGCUGCUCAGCCCGAGAGCAAACGCGCGCUCAGGCAGCAAACAGCCCCAAAUUACGCCGCCUCCGAACCCUCCACCGCCUCGUCGCCCGACGCGUCUGUUGCAACCCCCGACCCCAAGCCUUCCAAGCGCACGCGCCGUGCCACUGUCAAGGACACUCCCUCUUCGCCCACCUCUGAGCAGGACCCUGAAGAAGCCUCCGACUCCAGCGAAGACGAGCUUGCUCGGUCGGUGCGCCCAGUACGCACACGGGGCUGGAAGGCGAGUGCACGCAGCAGCGCCCGCUACAGUGACCUCAAGAUGGAGGCUCGCAAGAAGGAUAAGGCCGACGACGGGUUGCGCCGGAGUACGCGCAGCAGGAAGAGCAACAUUCUGGAGUCAGACACGCUCGACAUCACCCCGCCGCCAUCGUCGAAGCGAAAGGCCCUGCCGCGCAAGCUAGACACCGCGCGGGCUCGUCUGCGAGACGACAUCGCCCACAAGACCAAGGCCAAGGCUGACAACUUCCUCGUCGCGAACAAGGACUUCUUCCUGCCGCUGCUCCCGCCCACCAACUACGUGUCGAGGCUCGUCACCCGCCACGAUGCAAAGCCUAUUGUGGAGUACACAGAGCUCACCGACCAGCCCGAGGGCGUCACCGCGACCAUGAAGCCUUACCAGCUCUCCGGCCUGUCGUACCUCGUCCACCUCUACAACAACGGCUUCUCGGGCAUCCUGGGCGACGAGAUGGGUCUUGGAAAGACACUGCAAACCCUCUCCCUCUUCCAACACCUCGAGGAGCUGGACGAGAAGAACGGCGUGACCUCCGAGGAACUCCGCCCAUACCUUGUUGUCUGCCCACUCAGCGUGCUCAAUUCUUGGGUCACUGAGGCCCAGAAGUGGGUUCCUGGCCUCAGAGUCCUCCGCUUCCACGGCGCAGUCAACGAGCGCGCCCGCCUCAAGCGAGUCGCCGUCGGUUUGGAGGAUCUCAAAGGAAACGAGACGUCGCAAGCAAAAGAUCGCAAGGCUUCCCGCAAAGCUGGCAUCAAAGUUGGCAAGAUCUCAAAAGACCAAGGCUCCAGCUCAUUCAAGAUCAUCGUCACGACAUACGACACAUUUCAAGCCGAGCAGGCGUGGUUCAAGAUGACUUUCCUCUGGCGCUACGUCGUGCUCGACGAGGGGCACAAGAUUAAGAGCAGUGUCACGCAGAUUUCCACCGCCUUGAGGAACAUUAGCUCCGAGUACCGUCUCAUCCUGACUGGCACGCCUCUCCAGAACAACUUGGCCGAGAUGUGGGCGCUCCUGGCCUGGCUCUAUCCCAACGUCUUCGUCGACACAACCGAAGUGCUCUUCAAAGAGUCUUUCGAUCUCAACCGUGGCAAGGUCAAUCGCCAGACUAUGGACGACGCCCGUCGCUUGCUCGAGCUGAUUAUGCUCCGCCGCAUGAAGGACAGUCCAAGUGUUCAACUAGGCCUUCCACCCAAAGAGGAGAUCCUUCUCUACGUGCCUCUGACGCCUAUGCAGCGGUUCUGGUACACGAGGCUUCUCACUCGCGUCGACGAUCGCAUGCUCAACGAGCUGUUUGCCGACGGUAAGCAGAAGGAGAAGGCAGCCAUUACGGAGGACGCGAAAGAGAAAGAAAUCCUCGAUCGGAUGGAGAAGUUGGGGCACAGUGCCGGCACAAGCGAAUGGGAAGAAACCGCCGAGAUCAUGCGUCAGGCUAUUGCCAAGGAGCAGGUCGGGUCUGAAGUCAAGUCUGCCUGGCAGAAGCUGAUGAAUCUUGUCAUGCAGCUGCGCAAGUGCUGCUCUCAUCCCUACCUUCUUCCUGACGUAGCUCCGGAUCCAUACUAUCUGGGUGGGCAUGUUAUUCGUGCGUCGGGAAAGUUCAUCCUCCUGGAUAAACUGCUCAGACACUCCAUCUUCGAACAGGGCAAGAAGGUUCUCAUCUUCUCGGGCUUCACGCGCACUCUCGACUGUUGUGAGGAUCUCCUAUCGCUCAUCAGCAACCAGGGCGAACGUUUCAGGCAUCUUCGCCUGGAUGGUGGCUCCGCUCGUGCUCGUCGCAAUCUGGACAUUCGCCUCUUCAACCAGCAGGGAUCGGAGUAUAAAGUGAUGCUCCUUUCCACUCGAGCAGGAGGUCUGGGCAUCAACCUCACCAGUGCUGAAGAUGUCAUCUUCCUCGACGAAGAUUGGAAUCCACAGAUCACCCUGCAAGCUGAGGCUCGCGCCCACCGCAUCGGCCAGACAAAGCCCGUCACCAUCUACAAGCUCUGCACCCAGGGCACGGUCGAGGAACAGAUGAUGGGACGUAUCCGGAAGAAGCUCUAUCUGUCGGCGAAGAUCACAGAGUCCAUGCAGAACAUCCACGGCAAACAGACAGUCACCAAGAGCAAGGGGCGCCAGUCAAUCGCAGAGGACAUGCCUCAGAUGGACACCUCCCAGCUGAAGACGCUCGUCCGUCGCGGUGCCCAGACCUUGUCGCACCCCGAGAUCGACGCCACGGAGAUGAUCCAGUGGGAUCUCGAGACCAUGAUGGCAAAGUGCCGUGACAAGCCUGCCGACUUAGCCAACCCCGAAGCGUCGCACUCAGAAAUGGAUGAGGAGAAAUGGCUCUCAGUCAUGGAGCGCGUCGAAUGCGCCGUCUUCGACGGCAAGCGCUACCAACGCAAGCUCGACACAAAAGCCAGCCAGGCCGCCGCCAACAUCCUCCCCGACACCAUCACGCGCGAAGACCGCCGCCGGGGAAAAAACACAACAGUCAUGCUCAACGGCUACGCCAUCAACAAAGAAUCCAUGAACUGCGGCGCCUGGGAAGCCGUCCCCACACUAGCCGGCAAAGACCCCCGUCUUGCCGACCCCGUCCGCGAGGGCCGCCGCCAAUUCGCCCACGAAUCCCACUGCCUGUCGUGCUUCGAGGGCGACGACAACGCACACAUGAUCACGUGCAAGAGCUGCCCGCGCGCAUACCACUUCGACUGCCUCGACGCGCCCUACCAGGCCAAAGUCCGCGGCUUCACGGGCUUCUUCUGCCCCCAGCACAACUGCACAGAUUGCGCGAAGAACACGACAGAUGCAGGCGGCCUUAUCUUCCGCUGCAGAUGGUGUCCCCGCGGCUUCUGCGAGGACUGCCUCGACUGGGAUGCUACGGUGCUGGUUGGCGAGAAUCUGCCCGAGCUGGAACUCCUCGGUGAGGGGCCCUCGCCGGGGGGGUUUUACGUCAAGUGCCCCGAUUGCAUCGACCAGUGCAAAGACAGCGCCGAGCACAACGACUGGCUGACUGGCAUGGAAGAAGCGUACAAAGACCAGCACGAUAUCUGGGUCCGGGAACGCGCACAGGCACAGCGAGAAAUGGAAGAGCGUGACGCGCUGGCCGCAAACAUGCCCAAAAACAACGACAAACCUCUACAACAGGAAGUCAUAGCGUCAAACAGCGCGCUGCCCCUGCUGGUUAAAUCCUCCCUCCAGCGCCCCAGCUUCGGCGUCGUCGAAGAUCACAGCACCGAUACAGACGAUGAAGUCCCCUCCCUGACGGAUACCUCGCUCCCUACGCCCGCUCUCGCCGUUUCGCCGAUGCCUGCUGAUCUGCCUCCAAAGGCGAAAAAACAUAAGCGUGUGGCGUCUGAGGCGGAGGGGCGCGUUGAGAAGAAAGUGAGGCUUGAUGCGGGGGUUUGGAGUCCGGCGGGGGAUUUGUUGGUCGGUGGGGAGGGGGAGUAG